AUACUGGUAUAGCUGAAGAGAUAAUAGCACACAUUGUUGCCAGAAUUCAACAAAGCUCUAGAGAUUUGGUAGCUGGUAUAGAUGUUAACACACAAAAUGAACACAGAGGAAAUGAUCAAUCGACAAAUUCCACUUACUUAAGUUUUAUGAUUAUUAUGUCUACAAAGUCUU